AAGUCCACACUUUCCCUCUCAACUUUUUUUUCUUCCAAAUAAUUUAAGGAAAAUUCAACAAUUCAAAAUAUUGAGCUACGUUAUCUUCAAGAAAUUGGAGGAACAUGAAGGAUGGUGGUAGAAAACAAGGUACAAUGUCACCAUGUGCAGCAUGCAAGCUUCUUAGAAGGAGAUGUGCUAAAGAUUGUGUGUUUGCUCCAUAUUUUCCAGCUGAUGAACCUCACAAAUUUGGCAGCGUCCACAAGGUUUUUGGAGCUAGCAAUGUCAACAAAAUGUUACAGGAAUUACCAGAACAUCAACGAAGUGAUGCAGUUAGUUCAAUGGUAUAUGAAGCAAAUGCAAGAGUAAGGGAUCCUGUGUAUGGAUGUGUGGGAGCCAUAUCCUCUCUGCAGCAACAAGUAGAUGAGCUACAAACCCAAUUAGCACAAGCACAAGCAGAGGUUGUGCAUAUGAAGAUGCACCAAUUCUCAUCUGAUCAUCAUCAACCACCAUCGAAUUCGUCACCACCAUCAGAAAAUGUGUACCAAUCAAGCAGGUUCUUUUCUUCACCAAACAAAAUGGGACAAUCCUUGUGGUCUUACUAGCUAGCUAGCUUAAUUAUCUUAUAUAUGUAGUAGUGUAAAAAGCCAUUGCUAGGGUUGAAAAAUGUCACAUUUGAUUUGCGGUAGACCAACACUUGAAAAUCACUCGAAAUAAACUUUGACUACACCGAUGGUAUAUUGCCAAGGUCUUCCACAUUCUUACGCCCGCGGGAGUGUUCUACUAUGAGUUUCUACUUACGAAGAGUGAUCAAUCGUAGAGUUUCAAAUGAUUUUUAAGUAUCGGUCUAUUGUAAAACAUAUGAGACACUUUUGCAUCCUAAAAAUGCGAUAGGAAAUAUGUUGCUAGAUAUUUUACUUAUUUUCUAAUGAUUAUUACUAAAUAGGCUUGGUUUAUUAUUACAUCCUUUAUCCUUAUACUACUUGAAGGACAUCGUUAUAUCUCUCUACAUUACCGAGAGAUGGUGAUGGUUAGUUAGUUAAUUAGAUUUACCCUCGUUAUGUAAAUGUCUAAACUUGUGAUGAAUUCGGCUUUGUUUGGAUUGGUGGAAUAUGGAUGGGAAUGGAAUGAAGUGGUAUGGUAUUAUAUUCCAUUGUUAUGGAUUUGUAAAUAA